ACACCAGAAAAAAAAAAGCAGAAGAAGAAGGGUUGCAGUAGAGUUGAAGUUGAUCAAGAACUGCGGAGAGAGAGAGAGAGAGAGAGAGAGAGAUCUGGAAGAGAUGAAUGAAGGACAAGAAUACGUAUGGAUGGGUUCAAUUCCUCUUCAAAUUCAUCUUCAUGAAUCUGAAGUCACCACUCUUCCUCCUCCUCCACCCGCUCUCGUUUUGGCUCCUAGGAUGGGGUACUUGCCUUUGUUGAUUUCUCUAUUGAAGCCUCAUUUCUGUACCACACUUCCUCCUGGAGUAGAUACCAUUUGGUUUGAGUACAAAGGAUUGCCUCUCAAGUGGUAUAUACCAACUGGAGUUCUUUUUGAUCUUUUGUGUAUGGAACCAGAAAGGCCGUGGAAUUUAACAGUACACUUUAGAGGAUACCCAAGUAAUUUAUUGCUUCCAUGUGACGGUGAAGACAGUGUGAAGUGGAGCUUUAUCAACUCACUGAAAGAGGCUGCAUAUGUAAUAAAUGGAAAUUGCAAGAAUGUCAUGAACAUGUCUCAAACUGAUCAGGUGGAGCUCUGGGGCUCUGUUUUAAAUGGUAAUCUGGAAUCUUAUAGACGGGUGUCAUCUAAGCUUAAGCUUGAAACUAUUGAAGAUUUCGUCCCAAAAAAAGAAACUAUAGAAGAUGAACAUACAGAAAAUAUUGAUUCAGUCUCAAAUAAAUCUGAACAAAGUACCGGGGAUGCUGAAGCUGCUGGACAAGUGAAGACAAGUAGGAUUCCUGUUCGUUUAUAUUUGUGGACUGUCAACAACGAUUUUGAUGAUUUUGAAGAUGCUCCAAACAUUGAUAACUGGGACAAAGUCUCGUAUAUCAAUCGACCCGUUGAGAUUUACAAAGAAGAUGAUAAGUACUUUAGCUUAAACGAUGCAGUGAAAAGACUUCUGCCCGAGUACUUUCCAGAAAGUUCCUUUGUUAAUGAAGAAGAUGCAAACAUAAAUCAAAGCACAGAAGAGGGAGAAAAUUCAUCUGAUCCAGCGUCAUCUUCCCACCCGCUUGAGAUUGCAGAAAUCAAGUGCGUACGCAUUCAAGGGAUCUCUGACCUGCCUUUGGAAAUACCUUUUUCUUGGGUGGUUCACAACUUAAUGAAUCCUGAAUAUUUCCUUCACAUGUGUGUUUGCUUGAAAGUUUCAGAAGCCAAUCCUGUGCAGUAGGGAUAACUUCUACUAUUUUAGCCUUCUCUUUUUUUUUUUUUUCACUGAAAAAACAUAAUGCAAUUCUUUUGUAUAUAAUAGAUGUACAGAAUGGUUUCAUAUUAUAUUGAUUGAUUUCCUAAUUCGUUUUCUAUUUUACA